GAAUCAUUCACAGAGUAGUCUUUUAAGCAGCGUUCAGUUGCCAGCAAGUAGAAGUCUCUUUGUCAAAUAUUUCUGUAACUUUAUUGAAACUAUCUGCCUGUCUAAACCCAUUAUUCUGCAGCAGUGAGUCACAGCCCAACAAGGGGAAAGUUGAAUGAGGAUCAACACAUUAUAGGUCUUGGAAAAGAAAGCAUUUUCUCCUUCUGAAUUUACCUUCAUAAAGUGAUUCCUUCAGGUGAUCCCCUGUUCAGCCUAAAUGUCUUUUGAUGAGCUCCUGGAUCAAGCUGGAGGCCUGGGGAGAUUCCAAAUCUUUCAGCUAGUUCUCUUUUGUGUCAUCAACCUCCUAACAUACCCACAUAUUGUACUGGAGAACUUCACUGCUGCAAUUCCUGAUCAUCGCUGCUGGGUCCAGAUUCUGGACAAUGACACUGUCUCUGGUAAUGUCACCAGAACUCUCAGCCAAGAUGCCCUCCUGAGGAUCUCCAUUCCCCUGGACUCAAACCUAAAACCAGAGAAGUGUCAUCGCUUCAUCCAUCCCCAGUGGCAUCUUCUUCACCUGAAUGAAACUGUCGCCAACAAAACUGAGCCAGACACAGAGCCCUGUGUGGAUGGAUGGGUGUAUGACAGAAGCUACUUCCCCUCCACCAUCAUAACUGAGUGGGACCUGGUUUGUGAAUCCCAGUCAUUAAAAUCAGUGGUUCAAACUCUGUUUAUGACUGGGUCACUGUUGGGAAGUCUGAUAUAUAGCCUUCUUUCAGACAGGUUUGGGCGGAAGGUGGUCUACCUGUGGUGCUUACUCCAGCUGGGCAUCGUUGACACCGCGGCAGCCUUCGCCCCCACCUUCCUCAUUUACUGCAUAUUACGCUUCUGGGCUGGGUUGAGUGUCAUGACUAUUAUGAUAAAUGCUUUUUGUCUCAUGUCAGAAUGGACAACAUCCAAAAGGAAGUCUGUAGGAAUAGUCCUGAUGAUGUCUUCCUACAGUAUUGGGCAGAUGUUCCUUGGAGGACUGGCUUUUGCCAUUAGAAGCUGGCACACACUACAUCUGGCUGUGUCUGUACCCUUGCUUGUCCUCCUCUUGCCUUCCAGGAAGCUGGUGGAGUCCUUCCGGUGGCUGAUUGUCAGAAAUCAGCUAGAAAAGGGUGUAAAGGAACUUAGAAGAGUUGCACACAUAAAUGGAAAAAAGAAUGCUGAAGAGACCCUGACCAUAGAGUUUGUGAAAUCCACCAUACAGAAGGAGUUGGAUGCAGUCCAGGUCAAACCGUCUGUUUUUCAAUUGUUCCAUGCACCCAAAGUGAUUAUGAGAACAUGCUGCUUGUGCCUUUUCAGAUUUUCAAAUGCUGUAUCCUUUUAUGGCCUCAUCCUCAACCUGCAGCACCUGGGGAGCAAUAUCUUCCUGUUCCAGGUUCUCUUUGGAGCCAUCACGCUCACAGCCAGAUUUGUUUCCCUUUGGACUCUGAAUUACAUGGGUCGUCGGACAAACCAGAUAUUGUUCUCAUUCCUGGCUGGAGUCUCCAUUCUGGUCAACACAUUUUUGCCUCAAGAAAUGCAGACUUUGCGUGUGUCUUUAGCAACCUUGGGAGUUGGAUCUGUUUCUGCUGCCGGCACUGGUUUUACUCUCCACCAAAUUGAGCUCCUCCCCACUGUAUUCAGGUCCACUCUUGGAGGCAUCGUUUCAGGAUUCCAGAGAACAGGGGCAAUACUGGCUCCUCUCCUGAUGACCUUACUGGGGUAUUCUCUCCGUCUGCCCUGGAUCAUUUAUGGAGUCAUCACCCUCCUUGCUGUCCUUGUUAUCUUGCCCCUUCCAGAAACCAGGAAUCAGCCUCUUGUUAACACGCUCCAGGAUGUGGAAAAUAACACAAAAUAUUCAAGAAAAGUAAAGCAGGAAGAUACUUCCACAAAAGUAACACAGUUUUAACAACUUUCCAAGAGUUGAUCCAGGGAAGAAAAAAAUAAGGAAUUAAAAAGUCAAGAUUCUUCUUUAGGCCAAUAAAACUAGUCAAAAAUUUAAUGGACCAAUGGAUGCUACCUAAAAUCACUCAAUAUAUAAAUUUUCUCAAAAUAAUUUAUGAGUUUAUGUAAUUUCACCAAACAAUUGUUGGUUUGAAGCAAGACAUUGCAAAAAUAGUUUGAAGUUCAUCUUGAAAUUAAUAAUAGAAAAAGAAGCCUUUUUUCCAUGAUCCAGCAAUCCCAUUACUUGGUAUAUAUCCAAAAGAGAUUUUAUAUGCCAAAGAGAUACCUGCACUUCCAUGUUAAUUGUAGCACACCUCGGUGUCCUUCAAAGGAUGAAUAGUUUAAGAAAGUGUAUUAUAUUACAUGAAAUGGAACACUACUCAACCACAUAAAUGAAGAACAUUCUGACAUUUGCAAUAACACAAAUGAACAGGGAGGAGAUUAUGUUAAGGGAUGUAGGAAGUACAAACAGAGAAUGACAAAUACCACAUAACUCACCCAUGUGUGAAACCUGAAAAUGAUGAUCUCAAAAUACAGUAGGAUGGUGAUUUCUAGAGACAGGGGCACUGGGGUAGUGGGAGUGUUCAAAAGAUACAAAAUUACAAUUAGGUAGGAGAAGUAAGUAAAUGAGAUCUAUUGGGCAAAAUAUUGACUAUAGUUAAUGACAGCAUAUUGUAUUCUUGAAAAAAGCUGAAAUGAUGGUGGAGUGCUAUCACCACAAAGAAAUGAGGUAAUACAUGGUUAAUAAGUUACAUUUCAUCAUUACAAAAUGCACAUGUACUGCAAACCAUCAUGUUGCAAAAAUAAAUACAUAUAAUUUUGUAUGUCACUUUUAAUAGAUAAAAUUUGAAAGCAAGAAAAGGAAAAGGAGUAACAAAGAGGCUGGAUCAUAUAUCAUGAAACAUGUGCUACAUUUUAUCAAAUUACAGAAAUCCAAACAUUCAUAGUAAAUGCCACCACAAAUCAUAAUAAUUCCAAAAAAUUAACACUUAAAUAACAAUUAAAUAAACACUUAAUAUAUGAAAGUUUUGGCACCAAAAAAACACUUAUCAAUUGAAAUAUUCUGUAGUAAAUAAUAUUAAUUAGCUAUCUUGGAAUAAAUUUACAAAAAUAUUGGUAAUGAUUCUAUUUGUGAUUAUAUUUUAUUGUUUUUCCCCUGGAUUCUUUCUGGCUUCACACUUUAAACAAAUAAUAUGAAUCACUUUAAAAUAUUAUACAUAUUAUCAGAUACUAAAUAACUAUUGAUAUGAUUGAUGACUUCAACAUAUACAUAUGUAUAUUUAUUUAAUAUAUAAUUAGGAAUAAUAUUAUACUUCAAUGCAAAAGUGGCAAAACAAGAGCAAAUAAUUCUCAGAGGGAAAAAAGCCACUUGAAAAUAAGUAUAAGAAAAGAUUUCUAAAUUUGUGAUCAAAUAAAUACACACUAAAAUGAAAUACCAACUUUUACUUGCCAAAAUAACAAAAAAUUCUUAUACCUAUUCUUUAUUCUGCUAGUAGUUUUGGUAUAGUAAAAUAAAAAUUCAUACAACACAUUAUCUCAAUACAAAUUGCAAAGCCAUAGUGAUCAAAAGAAUAUGGUACUUGUAUAAAAACAGACACACACAGCAGUGGAACAGAACAGAAAAUCCAGAAAUUAAUUCUCAUAUUUAUAGACAUCUGAUGUUUUACAAAGGCACCAAGAACAUACCUUGAAGAAAAGAUUGUAAAACACUUCAAGACAUUGAAAUUGAAAAAAAAAAAUUGGAUAGAUCCUCCCAAUGCACCAACAGUGAAAGCAAAACUAGACAAGAUAAUAUCAAACCAAGAAGUUUCUGUGCAGCAAAGGAAUCAGUCAACAGAGUCAAGGCAACCUACAAAAUGGGAGAAAAUAUUCAUAAACUACUCAUCAAAAAAGUGGUGAUUGAAAGGUGAGUGACUCACCCGAGAUGGAGAUUCAACCAAGAGAUUUAUUGGGGGUCUGUCCAAAGGGGAAGAAAAGGGGAGUCAGAGAGCUGAGAGAGGAGAGGAGGAGGUCAGAGAGGAAGAGAGCAGAGAGAGAGAAAGAGAAGAGAGAAAGAAGAGAAAGAGGGCAGAGAGUGUGAGCUUGCAAACUUCGGCUUAAGAAGGCUUGCAUAGGUGACAUGGUGGGUGCUGAUUGGCAAGGUGACUCAGGAACUGCUAGCAGACACUGUGUCUCAUGGGGAUUGGAUGAGAAAUUAUUUGAAUUUGAUGCUCUUCAGCUUUGCACCCUUUAGAGAGGAGGGGAGGGGUAAGGGAUUAUGCAAGACUGAAACUUAACUUCAGUGGGGAGUCUCUCACACACCCAACAGUGAUGAUUGGGUGAUAACCACUCAAUAACAUAGAAAAACUGACUUUAAAAUAGGAAAAUGGUCUGAAUAGAUGUUUCUCAAAUGGUCAACACUAGUCGUUAAGGAAAUGCAAAUCAAAACUACAAUAAGAUAUCAUUUCACCCAGUUAAAAUGGAUAUUAUCAAAAAGACAAAAAUUACAAAUGCUAGCCAAGAUCCAGAGAAGGGUUAAAUUUCAUACACUGUUGAUGGGAAUAUUAACUGGUAUAGCUAUUGUGAAAAAUGGCAUGGUGAGUGCUCAAAAAACUAAAAGUAGAAUUACACCAUGAUCCAGUAAUCUCACCAAUAGGUAUAUAUAUAUCCAAAAGUAAGAAUAUCAUUCUAUCAAUGAGAUAUCUGCAUGCUUAUGUGUACUGCAACACUAUUCACAAAGACAAGUUAUGGACUUAGCAAGAUGUAAAAGAUAAUCAUUUGAAUGGAAUUUUAAAUGAGGGGAUCUGGGGGAGUGUGGUGGUCUAUGAGGCUCACUGCUUACAAUGUAGCAGUAAUCUCCCUGAGUCAAAUGAAGCCACAGAUGGGGCCUGGCCAGCAGCAACGUGGCCUAGGCUUUUGCCUCCCUCCAGUUCCCUAGAAGCACGCAGACUGAAGCAGAAAACCAGAGGUGUCUCUUCCUGAACCUCAGCCUGAGCCAGAGGAAGACAGGCAACUUGGGUGGCUGAAGAGGGUCCACUGCCCAAGAAUGAGAAUUCUAUUCACUCAGACAUGGAGAUGAUUUAAUUGCCAGGAGCACAGUUAUCAUUGUUGAGUUGGAUAAUGCAGAGAAAACCAACAUUAUUUACAAACUUUCUGUUAAUUAAGUUGUAAAUAUUACCAUAAAAGGUAAUGUAGAAGAGAGGAUGGUGAAAAAUACACAUUACCAGUGUUGGAUAUUGAUGGCCAGAAGGUCAAUUCGUUUUCCCUGGAACACUUAUUAUGCUAACAUAGAGUUUGUAAUAGCUGUUGUGGACAUAAAGAGGGCUUCUGUAACUAGAGAAAAACUCUGUAAAAAUGUUCAGUGCAUCAGAACCUAAAAAUAACUAGGAUUAUUAAUUUUGUUAAUAAUCAAGAUGUUAAAGAAUUCAUGGCUGUAGCAAAAAUCUCUCACUUUUUGAAAAAAGUGAGGUUAACUUUUCUUCCUUUUGAAAAGGUUUAGGUCAGUUUAUGAUAAAUAUAUCUAAACCAUUAACUUUUGCAGCCCUUUGGUAAAGCCCAGCCUUUUAUUGAUAAAGAGUAUAUGGAAAGGGCUGGAUAUCUAACUUAGCUGGUAGAGUGCUUCCCUUGCAUGCACAAGCCCUGGGUUCAACCCCCAGCACCACAAGAAAAGGUCAUUGUAUAUAGGACAGUAGAGAUCUUCUCAUCUUUGUAUGUGAUAUCAUCCAUUCAAGAAUCACCAUGUCAAUGGGAACUCUUAUUAGAAUUUGAUGAAUAUAUAUAGAUGAAUAGUUUAGAUAUAUUUAUCUGGGCUUGGGAUAUAGCUCAGUUGGUAGAGUGCUUGCCCCCCAUGCACAAGGCUUUGGGUUCAGUCCCCACCAACAAAAUUAAAUAUAUUUAUCUAAUGGUUUAGGUAUAUUUAUCACAAUCUGACCUAAACUUUUUUGAUACAUAUACUUAUUAUAAGUUGAUUUAUAUUUUUUGAUAGGAAGAAAAAUCAACAUCAUUUAUUUGAAAUCAAAGAUGUAUUCUUACCUUCCAAGUUGUUUUCUCAUUAUUUCCUUCCAAAGUAAGAUAAUAAAGCUGUGAUUGACAUUUUUCCCAUAAUGAA